UAUAUUGCGGGGUCCUUCCUCGCUCACCCUGGUUCCUCUCGGAGCGGAGACGGCAAAUGGCGGACUUCGAUACCUACGACGAUCGGGCCUACAGCAGCUUUGGCGGCGGCAGAGGGUCCCGUGGCAGUGCUGGUGGCCAUGGUUCCCGUAGCCAGAAGGAGCUGCCCACAGAGCCCCCCUACACAGCCUAUGUAGGAAAUCUACCUUUUAAUACGGUUCAGGGCGACAUAGAUGCUAUCUUUAAGGAUCUCAGCAUAAGGAGUGUACGGCUAGUCAGAGACAAAGACACAGACAAAUUUAAAGGAUUCUGCUAUGUAGAGUUUGAUGAAGUGGAUUCCCUUAAGGAAGCCUUGACAUACGAUGGUGCACUCUUGGGUGACCGGUCACUUCGUGUGGACAUUGCAGAAGGCAGAAAACAAGACAAAGGCGGCUUUGGAUUCAGGAAAGGUGGACCAGAUGACAGAGGAAUGGGUGGCUCUCGAGAAUCUAGAGGUGGAUGGGAUUCCCGGGAUGACUUCAAUUCCGGUUUCAGGGAUGACUUCUUAGGAGGCAGGGGAGGGAGUCGCCCAGGUGACCGGCGAACGGGCCCCCCCAUGGGCAGUCGUUUCAGAGAUGGCCCGCCCCUUCGGGGGUCCAGUAUGGAUUUCAGAGAACCAACAGAAGAGGAAAGAGCACAGAGGCCACGACUCCAGCUAAAACCUCGAACAGUCGCGACGCCCCUCAAUCAAGUAGCCAACCCCAACUCCGCGAUCUUCGGGGGAGCCAGGCCCAGAGAGGAAGUUGUUCACAAGGAGCAAGAAUGAGCUUGCAGCUGGGAGGGAGUGGGGUGUGGGGGGAGUGCGAGCGCGACCACCGCCCAGCCAGCCCCCCAGACGGCAGUCCUGCAGUCACCAUUCCUGCGCCCGACCUUUGCCCUCCUUUCUCACAGCGGAAACAGAGCUCGUGAGUGCAUGUCAACAGUUAACAAGUGGUUUUUAGUACAUUCUUGGCUUUGCUAUAGCUACCUGGUGCCUGUUUUGUGCUUUUUCUUUUUCUUUUUCCCGCCGCUCCCUUCCUUUUUUCCUUCUGUCCUUUUUCCUUCUCGCUCCUUGUUUCCUUCCAGCACAUGACUUUCUCUUGAGGGACAAAGGCAGCCGCCAGGCGGGAGUUCUUUGGAUUGAAGUGCUGCUUCAUUUUUCUGCUUUGCGCUCUCUUUAUUUUAACCACACUGGCCAUUUCCUUUGGUUUUCUCAGUGCUUCUCCUGACCUGCAUGUUGAGUUCUGUAUUGCUGUGCCUUCCUAGAAAAAAAAGCAGAAGUCACAAAUUGGAUAGCAUCUUGUUUUUAUUCAGCUCUGAUCAACAUACAGAAUUCGGGACACGUUGCUUUCAAAACAAGGAUUGAAUAACUGUUGAUCUUGGCAAAUUCCUUCCUGUAACUAUUUAUAGGUAGUCCUGUCUCUGUUACCCCCUGCCCAGAUGGACUGUUCAGGCAGGAUAGACUCACAUUUCAAACAGCAAAUUGUCAAAGAAUAGUGGGGGCUCUUGGUGGGCAGUGCGCACAGGCGCUGCAGUGAGUGCACUGCUGUGUUCGUGUGCUUUAUUAGUGCUCUUUCGCAACGAUGGCCACACCGAUUUCCUUCUUUGGCCGGCUGUACUAGAGGCUCCACCGUGGCUGGAUGUAGGAACUGCCAUGGGUUCCUUUCCACUGGGCAGAGGUGCUUUGGGGACUGCUGGUGGUGGCGCUAUGCCGGGCUCACCUCCUGGUACAGACACCGCUUCCUACCAAACUGUGUCAUCUGUGUAGGUAACAGUGAGAUACUGUGCCUCCCACCAUCCCUUAAUUUUAGAAUGAAAAUGGGCCUAGAAUCUGGCACUUUACUCCGUUCCGCCUGAUGAAUUGAGAGUUUGACUGUGCAGAGCUGUCGAGAACUUUGAGAUGACUGACUGGCCUCGGGGUCCUCAGGUUCCAUCUCUGGGAUGCUUACUCCCCCCAGUGUCCACCCGCCUCGGGCUACACAGCUGGGCCACAGCUGCUGAGCUUGAACACCUGUGUGUGAACACAUUCUUUAGCACCUGAGUCACAGCCCAUCCCACUGGGAGCAGUUUGGGGACCCGAGAGCCCCCGAGGGGAGAGACCUCACCAGCGUGGCUGGAGGGCCCGGGGCCUGCGCGCCGUGUUCCUAGAAAGUAGUUCCUUGCUGGCCGGCACCCUCGGCUUCUCUUCCUGUUGUCUUGGUCACCUGGUCUCAGCAAUUUACAGAACUCAUCCUUUCCUUCCUUCCACUUGUCAUUUUUGCUUCUGAAAUAAGAACCAUUUGUGUAACACCAAUACUUAACCUUAAGAAAGACAUGCAUUAUGUGGUUGUAAUCAAACCUGAUGCUUUCAGAUGACCUACUUACAUCUUCAAUGUGGAAAAGAUUAAGAACAAAACAAAUUCACCUAAACUGGGCGAUCCAGUUGACUUUUAAAAUGUAAGAAUGGAAUUCCAAACACUUAACACAUUCAGCUAUAUGACAGAAAGUAAAUCUAUGGAUAUGGUAUUUUGUGAAUGAUCUUUUAAAUAAAUGAAAACCUUACGUAAUA